AUGAGUGUGUUUCCCGGAUUUGGUCGGUGGAUCAAUCAGAACCUACAACAGCCUAAGGCUGAGUCCAGGAGAUCUGAGAAUGUUGAAACUAAUUCAGAGUCAGAAAAAGAUACCAAUAAUGAGGAAGAACCAAGUUAUGACGAAGAGGAGAUGAUGAAGCAAAAUGAACUUUGGAAAGCUGCAGAGAAGAAGCAUCCAUGGCAUGAUGCACCUCCUAAGGUGAAGGUAAUAACAAAAAAGGGUCUUUGCCAUGUAAACAUAGAAUUGACAUUUGGCUUGGAUCCUGAUGGAGUCUUUGAACUUUUCACUAGUCCAAAUAACGGCUCAAUCUUCUUUGAUAUGGACAUGAAUGGCCGCCCGCUUCUGGCAAGCAAAUCAAGAAAGGUUUUGAAGAAGGAUGGAUCGAGGCAGACUGUGAAGUUGGUGAAAGCUGUAGCAUGGGACUUUCUUUGGUGGUCUGGAUCUUUUCCGAUACAUCUAAUUGUCGAUAUAAACAAAAAGGAUCUUACAGCAAAAUAUAAGAAAGAGAAAAUGAUGUUCAUGAAAGUUUUCAAAGGUAAUUGGAAAAUUGAGCCAAUAUACGUAGAUUCAGAACGUUUGUGCAAGCAAAAGAAGCCAAAGAGUCUACAAGAAUACAAAACAUGUAGUGGCGGGCAAGGAAGGAUUGCAUCGAAAGUAAUAAUGGACCAAUACUUUCAGCCAUAUUCUCCUUUUAAUCUGCCGCCAAUUUCUUGGUUUAUUCGUGAUUUCACCAUAAGAACCACCAAGACUCUACUCAAAAUGCUUCAAUAUGCGAGUGUCACACUACGAGAGUGAGUCUCUACAUUCAUGGAAAAAGACUAACCAACUGAUCACACAUAGAUAUAUGUAUGUUGUAAGUUGUAACAAAGCUUAAUACCAAUAUACUUGGUACAAGGUAAAACCAUGAAAACGGUUCAAUCGGAUGAUUCAAUAUUUGAAUGGUACGGAAAUUUUUUCUUGUUGA